AUGCUGCGAAUGGACCGCGACCUUCACGUCUACGUCAUGUGCCAAUACAUUGGUGCAAACUUGGUAACGUCCCCAAACAGACAUCUGAAUCGGUCCCCCCCCACCCUACAGCCCCAGAAGUACAGGCCCCCCCUGCACCUGAUUCAGCGCUCAAAUGCUUCCAGUUUGGGCCGGGGGGGGGGGGUAAAACCCCGUACCCCCCGCUCUCAGCGGGCCUGGACCCAGGCCCAACAAAUCCAGAGCGGAGGAACACUGGAGGGAGGGCCCCCGUUCCCCCCGUGGGUCCGGUAUCUCUGCUCCGCCAAUGAGCCCCCGCCCCUCACGAGAACUAGGAGAGCUUGGUUGUCAAUUUUUUUUGAGAACGCGGCCCCACCGUUCCCGCCGGAAGUCCGAGCUUUGGGGAAGGCCUGGGUCCCUCAGCUGUAG